AAAUGGAUCUGUGCACCAGAAAGAUGGAUUAAAUGAUGAUGAUAUCGAACCUUACUUGAGUCCUCAGGCUAGACCGAAUAAUGCAUACACGGCAAUGUCUGAUUCCUACCUGCCAAGUUAUUACAGUCCAUCCAUUGGAUUCUCCUACUCCUUGGGUGAAGCUGCUUGGUCAACUGGAGGUGAUCCACCCAUGCCCUACUUAACGUCUUACGGACAGCUAAGCAAUGGGGAGCCUCACUUUCUUCCAGAUGCCAUGUUUGGACAGCCAGGGGCCCUUGGCAGCACUCCGUUUCUUGGACAGCAUGGCUUUAACUUUUUUCCAAGUGGGAUUGACUUCUCAGCUUGGGGCAAUAACAGUUCUCAGGGGCAAUCCACUCAAAGCUCUGGAUAUAGUAGCAACUAUGCUUAUGCACCAAGCUCAUUGGGUGGAGCCAUGAUUGAUGGACAGUCUGCUUUUGCCAAUGAAACCCUGAAUAAGGCUCCUGGAAUGAAUAGCAUAGACCAGGGGAUGGCCGCAUUGAAGCUAGGCAGCACUGAUGUUGCGAACACUGUCCCCAAAGUUGUUGGGUCUGCUGUUGGCAGUGGCUCUAUUGCCAGUAAUAUUGUGGCUUCUAACAGUUUGCCCCCGGCGACCAUUGCUCCUCCCAAACCAGCAUCCUGGGCUGAUAUUGCCAGCAAGCCUGCUAAACAGCAGCCUAAGCUGAAGACCAAGAAUGGCAUUGCAAGUACAAGUCUUCCACCCCCCCCAAUAAAACAUAACAUGGAUAUUGGAACUUGGGAUAAUAAAGGACAAGUGGCAAAAUCUCCGUCCCAGGCCUUAGUUCAGAAUAUUGGUCAGCAGCCAUCCCAGAUAUCCCCCCAACCAAUGGGUCAGGCAAUGAGCAACAGCCCACCUGCUGUGCAGCCUUCAGCAGGACAACAGCCACAACCUCUGCCUCCUCCACCACCCCAACCAACUCAGCUGCCAGUGCAGCAACAGGCAGCUCAGCCUGCCCGUUGGGUUGCGCCUCGUAACCGUGGCAACGGGUUUGGUCAAAAUGGAGUGGAUGGUAGUGCUGUUGGACAGUCUCAGGCCACUUCUGGUGCUGCUCCUUCAGAGCCACACCCAGUCUUAGAGAAGUUGCGAUCCAUCAACAACUACAACCCGAAGGAUUUUGACUGGAACCCAAAACAUGGUAGGGUUUUCAUCAUCAAGAGUUAUUCUGAGGACGAUAUCCACCGCUCCAUUAAAUAUAACAUCUGGUGCAGCACAGAGCACGGAAAUAAAAGACUGGAUGCUGCUUACCGCUCCAUGAAUGGGAAAGGUCCUGUUUACUUACUGUUCAGUGUCAAUGGCAGUGGUCAUUUCUGUGGAGUUGCAGAAAUGAAAUCUGCCGUGGACUACAACACAUGUGCAGGUGUAUGGUCCCAGGACAAAUGGAAGGGACGUUUUGACAUCAGGUGGAUUUUUGUGAAGGACGUUCCCAACAGCCAACUGCGACACAUUCGUCUAGAGAACAAUGAGAAUAAACCAGUGACCAACUCCAGGGACACUCAGGAGGUGCCUCUGGAAAAGGCUAAGCAGGUGCUGAAAAUCAUUGCUACCUACAAGCACACCACUUCAAUUUUUGAUGACUUCUCACACUAUGAGAAACGCCAGGAGGAGGAGGAAAAUGUGAAAAAGGAACGCCAAGGCCGUGUGAAGUAGAACAACGGUCCCUUCCACAGAGACUGCAGCAGAUGUUGCAACUUGAGUAGGGAAACUACACCAAGAGAAUUAGGACUUGUUUCAUUGACUUCAAAAAGACUCUCAAAAACUUUCAGUUUAAAUAAAAAAGUAUUGGCAUUUCACAAGAUACAUAGGACUUAAAAAACAAAGAAAAAAACAACAAAAAACCCUUCUAGGUAGAGUAUAGGUGAAAACUGUCCCCUUUUUGGCUUUGAUUGUGAUUUCAGAGCAUACGCUUUGGUUUUUUUGUCUUUUUACUAUGUUAAUCGGAUUUUAAAGUCCGUAAGUGGCAUAUGCCUUUUUUUCUCUAAUUUUUAAACCUGCCGCUUCCCCCUUUUCCUUAAACCUUUUUGAACCCAUCUUCCCCUUGGUGGUUGUUUUUUUGUUUUGUUUUUGGCAUUUGCACUUGGAACACCGAGUUGUGACUUUCUUUUGGACAUCCACCAUAGGACGUGGAAUGAAUAACUUUCCCCUUCCCCCACAGACUGGAAGAAGAAUUUUACGAUGAAUUUGAGUUUUUUUCGUAUGCCUAGAAGAUUUGGAUGGAAUUUGUCGACAGGUCUGUCUCGGAGGGAAUGCUUCAUUUUCUCUGACCCUCUGUCACUCAAAAAAGUCAAAUGCAAAGUGCAAAGAAGUCCUAAGAAAUGUUCUGUUCUUGUGCAUUAUAUGGAUUACAGAUUAAGUCUGGAUUGAUUUCAUUUGAAGGCUAAAAAGAACAGUGGUAAAAAAAAACAAAAAACCUUGUUUGUUUACAGGAAAAUUAAUUUUGGAAGAAAAAUAUUGUAACUGUGUAGUGAAUGUUUCUUCAGUUUUCUUGUUAAGCCAAUGAGGAAUGGGCAUUGCCUUUCUUUCACCAUUAAUCACUUCUCAAUAAUAAACGUGAGAUCCUGUUGAGCAUCACUUUUUUGCCCCUUAGUUUUUAGUACAUAGGUUACUGCUUUGAUGCUUGUACAUAGCUUUGAGGUGGCAUCCUCUUGAGGAAAUGAAGGCUGGUGGAAUGAGCUUGUAACAAGACUUUCCAGCUGCCAUUUAAUUGGCAAAAUUAUCUGGAAUUCUGCAAGGGCCGUUGCCCUGUGCAUUGCCUUAUCAACCGAAGCAGGCCCUUGGCAGCAAGCACAGCAUGUUCAGUCGUUUUGUGUUCUCUUUAUUUAACAAGCCAAGUGUUUCUGUAAUUGCAGGCCUGCUUUCACAUCAUGGUGGUGGUCUUAUAAUAUUUGGACUACUUUUGCAGGCAUAUAGGGUAGUCCUUCACAUGUUCUUUAAUUUCCCUGGUGUCCCAAACAGGUCACAUUGUUGGGUGCUGCUGACGUUCAUUGUCAAUCCAGAACAUCUGAGGAAAGGUGGAAUGAUGCUAGGCUCUAGAAAUUUCCAGCAUAGCUAGUUUAAGGGUGUGUCCUUCUGGGAAAUGGGAGAAAGGGCAAGGGUGCUUGUUUGGGGUUGGGCAGAAUAUGAAUAUGGUAAACUCCAUUACACACAUCUGUAAGUAAUGCACUGACAUGCUAUUCAAGCAUUUAUAAUCAGUAAUAAUGUGGCUUUUGCCAGGUUUCUGUCUAGACAGCACCAUUUCCUUUUUACUGAAAGUAUGUUCCAUACAGUUCUUUGACGUAUGCUUGUGAGCAGGUCAAAAACCUCCUGAUAAUAUGUGCAAGAUAUAAAAUUGUGAAAAAAAAUUGACCAGGUAUAUUGACAGAACUAAAUAGGUAGGUUACAGAAUAUUCUGCUCAUAAAACAGGGGUAAUGACAGGACAUCUUUCCGUACCACCAUAGGGCUGUGUUGCACAUUUCCCCUUUCAAUGGAACCCUAAGGAAGGCAGGACAAAAAA